GAAAAAUCUAAGCAUUUGUCUGUCUGCUCAGAGUCAGUGUGGAAUCUAACACCAGCUUAUGGUGGAAUAAUGGCACAUAAUGAAACACAUCCCUUUUUGGAAGCACUAAAAUCAUUUAAUCUUGGCGAUAUGAUUCUAGCCUUCUGCCUAUCUGUGCUUGUGGGCCUGCUGCUGGGUGCUUUGAUAUACGUUCUGUUGACCUGGGCGUCCAGGCGCAGGGCCACCGCCAGGAUCACCAGGCGCUCCAAAAAGAAAUCUCGCACUUCACAAACACAUGACCCCAUGAGCAGCCCGAUGGGCCUUUACCGAAGCACUUUUCUAAGUGUCCACAGACAGCCCUCUCUGGAGCCAGUGGGUCCUCUGGGGAGCAAGCCCGGUGCAGAGACGUCCACCUUCCGGCCACUGCCCAAGAAGAACAGGGCUGACCUGGAGAUGGGAGAGGACACCCAGGUCAGCAUGCCUGAGGACACAGCAGCUUUGAACUCAUCAGAUUCAGCAUCACUCGUGCCAAACAAGAGACAUUCCUUCUGGUUGGGGAGCAAUGGACUUAAAGGAUUCCUCCCCUCGCAGACUCCCCCUCCGGCAUACGACAGUGUCAUCCAUGCAUUUGAAGAGACCUGCACUUGAAACUGUCACCCUAAAUACAACAAGAAUUGGAGAAAGAGACCACUCUGGGAUCACAGUGGACUUUCUGGCUGUGUUCUGCUCUUUAUAAGGAACAGUUAUCUCUGCAUAUUGAGUGAUCAGACCAUUUCUGCCACUUUUCAGUUUAAAGCAGGGGGUCUGUAAUUGAAUAAGAAGCUUAUACAGCUGUGUAGCGUCAGCUCAGUAUUAUACUAUGAGAUGUAGGUUAAGGGUGCAACUAACUAAUCAAAUAAUUUGCAUUGAUUGUUUUCUCAAUUAAUCAGUUGGUUGUUUACUCUAUAGAAUGUCACAAAACAGUUUUCCGUGGCCUUUGGUGACUACUCUAAAAUAUUAAAAUUUUAAUGAUAUAAAACAGAGACAAGUAGCAAAUUCGCACACUGGAGAAGACAAGCAAAUGUUUGGGCAUCUAAACCUAACCAACUGACCAGCUAAUCACUGCAGGUCUAGUAUGAUUUUUUGAGACGACUGCAUGGCAUCUCAAUGACACAUGUAGACACCGGUGGGAUUUUGCUCUGAUUGUGUGAAAAUGAGGGAAUCACUGUGUGCCAGAUAGUUAUAAUUAUCUAAAAUCACA